AUGCUCUCUAUUCUGAGACCAAUUCCCAGACAAAUAGCCAGGACAAGUCUCCGCCCUUUUCGAUUUUCAUCUUCCAUUUACUCAUACCCGGCCAUCUCGCGUUCGCUAGCAACAAUGGCUUCGACUAAGAAGACAACCAAACGGUACCCCCUCAACGUCCCAGGUCUCUCCAUCCCAGCCAUCGGCCUCGGAACCUGGCAGUCCUCCCCCGGCGAGGUCGGAAAGGCGGUUGAGGCGGCUCUUCGGAAUGGAUAUCGCCACAUCGACACGGCCUUUGGGUAUCGCAACGAGAAGGAAGUCGGGCAGGGGAUCAAGGCGUCUGGCGUCCCUCGGGAAGAGAUCUGGCUGACGACCAAGCUGGACAACCCCUGGCACAAGAGGGUGAGGGAGGGGUUGGAGAAGAGCCUGGAGAACUUGGGGGUGGAGUAUGUCGAUUUGUUCUUGGUGCACUGGCCGGCGAGUAUUGAUCCGGAGAGGCAGGAGGAGAAUGAGGGCAAGGGGGAGGUGUAUCAGGAUUGGGAUUUUGUUGAUACCUGGAGGGAGAUGCAAAAGCUGGUGGAGACGGGGAAGGUGAAGGCUAUCGGGGUUAGUAAUUUUGGGAUUAAGAACCUGGAGAGGCUUCUUGAUGAUCCUUCUUGCAAGAUUGUCCCGGCCGUCAACCAAAUCGAACUUCACCCUGGCAACCCCUCCCCUAAGCUGAUCGCCUACAACACGGCCAAGGGGAUUCACUCGUCGGGGUACUCCCCUCUCGGAAGCAGUGACUCGCCGUUGUACACCAACGACACGAUCAAGGCUAUUGCUGAAGCUAAAGGCAAAACGCCGCAGCAGGUGCUGCUCGCGUGGGGGGUUCAAAAGGGGUGGAGUGUCCUGCCCAAGAGCGUCACUGAGUCGAGGAUCAAGGCCAACUUUGAGCUGGAUGAUUGGGAGUUGACUGAGGAGGAGGUCAAGAAGAUUGAUGCUAUUCCUGACCGGUUCAAGGUGUGUGGGGAUGAUUGGUUGCCGAUCAAGGUUUUCUUUGGGGAUGAUGAGUAGAUUUGAGACGCACGAGUUGCGCUUGUUUGUUGGCAGCUAUGUAGCUUAGGGGGGUGGGGGAUUUUCAAUCGAGAACUCUAUCUUCAGCGGAGUGUUUAGCAUUUGGG